CCACCACUCUCAGGAGAGGCAAGAGGGAGGGCAGAAGCCUGUAAUGGCCUGCGCUGACAGGGACUGCAUGGGACAGCCCACUCCAGAGAGCAUCUGAUGGGAUUAGAACACUCUUUCCAGUUCAUUUUUCCCCACUAAGAAUAAUUCCACUCACUCCGCUCACGGUGUAGCACGAUAGAGGCGAGUGUACAAUGAGACUGACUGAUUUUUGUUAAGGACCUGACUUUGGCAGAGAAAGAAAACCCAGGGAGCUUUCCUAAAGGAUUCCGUUUUGUAAGUUUCCAACGUCAUCCAGAAGUAGUCAAGUUUGUUUCCUAUUAAACUGCAGAGGAGGAGAGAGGAGGAAAAAAAUCCUUGAUCCUGUGGUCUUGUGGUAAGCUAGAAUGAGAAUGAGAUGACGGCUGACACUGUCUUCAGACCCUUCACCUUCCCCGUUCCUGAAGCGUUCCGUCUGCUCUUUCUGUGAUUUGGGUUUGACAGUCAAGACUUUGCCUUUUUAGACUUCUCAUCGUCCACAUUCAUUCUGAGGGAAUCUAGUCUUCUCCAGAAAAAUCAAGCGGAUGCACACUUACAUCUGGAACUGAAAUGUGAAAUCGGACUUUUACUUUGAUACACCUCCCAGCCUGAGCAGGACUGUGGUCAUCUUUAUUUUUACUCCCACCGGCUGUGACUGGGGCCCUUGCAUGUUGCUGUUUUGCAUCUUCAGGUUGCUUUGCAUUUGCUGCUCUCGCUUCACAUUUUCCUGUACCUUCCUCUCAUUGAAACUUGUCUCCUAGUUGCCAUAAGUUUGGACUGAGAUCACACUCAGGAAUUGAGAUUGAUUGAAGAUCCAUGACUCUAUGGAGGUACUGGUUACACCGCAGAGGUUCCGCUUCACUGUCCCCCUCCCAGAGAUGCUUCUCCGGUGAAUUUCCACGCUCAGCCCAAAUCCUCUUGAACCUGCAUCUGACAUAAUGAACAAAGACUCCCGCUUUUCUCGGAAGACGCAUGGCAGCUUCUCCACACGCAGGCACUCCUGCAUCGGUUUUGAUGUGGAGAAUGGAUUAUCAGUGGCACGCAGCCCCCUGGACGCCCAGAGCAGCUCCAGCUCUGGUCUGGUCCUCCAGGCCAACUAUCCUCAUAGUCAGAGGCGGGAAUCCUUCCUGUACCGCUCUGACUCUGACUUUGACCUUUCACCUAAAGGUCCCUCCAGGAACCUGUCAUCAGCCAGUGAUCUGGAAGAAAGCUUGAAGCACUGGGAGGUCAACUGGUUGUCGUCUCGACACUCAGAAGAUAUGAUUGUCACACCAUUUGCACAGGUCCUCGCCAGCUUGAGGACAGUCCGAAGUAAUUUUGCCCUCAUAACUGGACAGCAGGACAGAGCAGCUAGCAAGACACGCUCCUCAGGAAGCCACCCACCCUCAAUGUGUAAAACCACUGUUGCAGAGGAGCCCCACCAACAGCUGGCCAUAGAGACUCUGGAUGAGCUGGACUGGUGUCUAGAUCAACUAGACACGCUGAAAACUCGACACUCUGUCAGCGAGAUGGCUUCCAACAAGUUCAAGAGAAUGCUGAACCGAGAGCUCAGUCAGCUGUCAGAGACCAGCCGCUCUGGGAACCAGGUGUCUGAGUUCAUCUCCAGCACUUUUCUUGAGAAGCCAGAUGACAUGGACAUUAUGUCUCCUCCUACCAAGGAGAAAGACAAAAAGAAGCGUCCCAUGUCCCAGAUCAGUGGCGUCAAGAAGGUCACCCACAGCCUUGUUCCCUCCACCAUCCCUCGCUUUGGGGUCAACGCUAGUCAGGAGGAGUUCCUCGCAAAAGAGCUUGAGGACGUUGACAGAUGGGGACUCGACAUCUUCAAGGUUGCAGAGUACUCUGGAAAACGCCCAUUGACAGUCACAAUGUACACAAUCUUUCAGGAGCGCGAUUUGCUGAAAACAUUCAAGAUUCCUGUAGACCAUUUUAUUAACUUCAUGAUGACACUGGAGGAUCAUUACCGCUCUGACGUGGCUUACCAUAACAACAUCCACGCUGCAGAUGUGGUGCAGUCCACGCACGUGCUGCUGUCCACCCCUGCUCUGGAGGCCGUAUUUACUGAUCUGGAAAUUCUGGCCGCACUGUUUGCCAGCUCCAUCCAUGAUGUGGAUCACCCUGGAGUUUCCAACCAGUUUCUCAUCAACACCAACUCUGAGCUGGCCCUGAUGUACAAUGAUCUGUCAGUGCUGGAGAACCAUCACCUGGCCGUGGGUUUUAAGCUUCUGCAGGAGGAUAACUGUGACAUCUUCCAGAACCUGAGCAAAAAACAGAGACAGUCUCUGCGCAAGAUGGUCAUCGACAUGGUGCUGGCCACUGACAUGUCAAAACACAUGAACCUACUAGCAGACUUAAAAACCAUGGUGGAGACAAAGAAAGUAACCAAUCUGGGUGUUCUCCUGCUGGACAACUAUUCAGAUCGCAUACAGGUUCUUCAGAACAUGGUGCACUGCGCGGACCUGAGCAAUCCCACCAAACCCCUUGAACUGUACCGUAAGUGGACAGACCGCAUCAUGGUGGAGUUCUUCACUCAGGGUGACAGGGAGAGAGACAAAGGAAUGGAGAUCAGCCCCAUGUGUGACAAACACAACGCCUCCAUAGAGAAGAACCAGGUGGGCUUCAUCGACUACAUCGUCCAUCCGCUCUGGGAGACGUGGGCUGACCUGGUGCACCCUGAUGCUCAGGAGAUCUUGGACACGCUGGAGGACAACAGAGAGUGGUACCAGAGCAUGAUCCCUCGCAGCCCCUCGCCUAGGCCCCAUGGCCAGGGAGGAAGGGGGUCUCUGGAGGAAGCCUCGGUGCCCGGCGAGGGCCCAGGUUCCAUGAUGGCCGAGAAGUUCCAGUUUGCACUGACUUUAGAGGAAGAGGGUGAGUCUGACACGGAGGGCUCACCAAGAGAGGAGAAGGGUAGCAGAAGCCUAACCAAACACAGCGGUGCGUUUGAUUCUGGAUCCAUACCAACUCGACGGCUCAACAAGAUCCUCACCAGUGACUCAGGCAGGACAUUUUCUCUGGACUCUGAAAAUGAUAUGGCAGAAGACAGAGAAACAGACCCAGAAGGCCCCUCUGUGGUCCCACGUUUCAGACUCGGCACAUAGCACCAGCCACAAGCGUCUCCCCCUCAGACCUUCUUUGUUUCACUCAGAUUGAUAUCAGUGCCUUGUCCUCUGUCACUGUUCUUCCUUCAUUUCAAACUGAUGCUGUCCUUCUCCAAGUCUCCCCCAACAGGGUGACAGUGUAAAGUUAUUGAAGUGUAGAUAUUUGUGUGGAGGAUGAGGAUGGUUCCUUGCACUGAAAAAAACACUGACAGGUUUGAACACUGUUCCAUGAAAGACACAAAACAACUUUCCUACCUGUCUGUUGUCUUCUUUGUUUUCAUAUAAUGAGGACAAGAAGUAAAAAAAGGCUCUACCAGUCAGUCAAAGGUCUAAAACUAAAGACUGAGGUGUCUUCUCAGAAUUGAUGAAACUUCUCAGUGAUGAAACUGAGAAAGUGAUGAAGCACUAUAAAAAAGGUCCUUUAAUAGUUGUUGCCAUGCAGAUUAGAAGGACAGUUUCUAUUCUGCCUGAUUUUUUAUCAGGAGGCUGUAGCGUAUUCUUCUCUCUUAUCUCUAUUUAUUCUCUAUUUGAAUAGUCAGUAAAAACAGAACACAGAGGAAUAAAGUUAUUGGAGUAAAA